AUGAAAAAAAUGUGGAUGAUGGGGAAUUAGAUACCUCAGAGGAUCCUCUUUCACCAAACCUCAAUUCUUCAACCAAUUUUCAUGGUCCAAUGUCUUUGGAUUCAUUUAUUGAUGAUCUUCUGAAGAAUGCCAGGACGUGUACUCACACACACACUUGUAACCCGCCCGGCCCUGACUCGACCCACACGCACACUUGCUACCAUACUCACACCCAAGUUCUUGCCUCUGAAGAUGAUGAUCACACAACCAGUAAACAGAAUUCCACUUCGAAAUCAAGAAGGCCCUCAGGUAAUAGAGACGCGGUUCGGAAGUAUAGGGAGAAAAAGAAGGCGCACGCGGCUUAUUUAGAGGAGGAAGUUAAUAAAUUGCGCUUGGCGAACCAACAGUUGGCGAGGAAAUUGCGGAGGCAAGCAGUUCUUGAGGCUGAGGUCUUGAGGUUGAGAGGGCUUUUGGUUGAUCUUAGAGGAAAGAUUGAUAGUACAUUGGGUACUUACCCAUUCCAAAAGCAAAGUAACACAACUAGUUUCUUCAAGGAAGCGGAUUGCCAGGUGCAGCCUUCUGCUGCCGGGUUGAUUGGCCUGCAGUGCCAGACCGAUUCCCCGUGCUUCCAUCCACAUAUUGGAUCGUCGUCCCAGAUUAGUACUGGCGGUAUAAGUGGGCCAUGGAAAGUGAACUGUCAGCCUGCCAUAGUCGAUUGUCAAGCUAAUGGAAAUGAGAUUCCAAGUGGCGACGCGCAAGCCAUGGACACAAUGGAAACUUUAGUAUCAUCUGCAACACAAGGAGAGUAAUUAGCGAGAUGGAUUUUCUUUGUAAGUUUCUUGUAUCGUCAGAUAUAUAUAUCCCUGCAUUACUAGAUACUUAAUUAGACAUUGUUGUAUAGUAGCUUUGAUAUAAGAACUCUUUAGUAGAGAGUAAUAGGUUUGAAAUAGUGCUUAAAAAAUGAAAGCCAGUAUACUAUCAACAUAUAGGCCCCUUUUUGUAAUGUGUUUUUGGGUGCACAAAAUAAAACACUACUUGAUGUGGUAUCUCUGUACAUACUUGAUGUGGUAUCUCUGUACAUACUCAAUAAGCCUGCGAAUUGAGGUU